AUGGCUUCCAUCCGCGUGCUGUCGUUCGAUACUGAGGGCCGCCCUGUGCGGUUCACCGCUUGGCUAGAUGACCUGCAGCUGUUUCUCCUGAGCGAUAGCAAGGAGCAUGUGUCGCUCUAUGAUUACGCGUCUGGUGCUGCGCCUGCCCCUCCUGCCACAGCUGAGCUUAGUGUUCGUUCCCACUGGCAGACUCGUGACGCAGCUGCUCGCCUAGCCAUUCGCAGUCACCUGCCGUUAGCUGAGCUAGAGCAUUUUGGCGACUGCAAAUCCGCUAAGGCCCUGUACGACGCUGUCGUCGCUCGCUACUCCUCGCCUGCCACAGCCGAGCUUAGCCGCCUCAUGCUGCCGUACCUGUUCCCCGAUCUGUCCACCUUUACUACAGUCGCCGAUCUUAUCACCCACCUUCGCACUAGUGAUGCUCGCCUGCGUGCCGCCCUUCCCACCGAGUUCUGCGCUAAGAACCCCCCUCCACUGUACUGGACACUCCACUUCAUAGUCACCCGUCUCCCUGACACCCUCCGCUCAGUUCGAGACCACUUCCUUGCUCGCUGUCCCACUGAGCUCACAGUCGCCCUCCUAGAGGAGCACCUGCUCGCGGCCGAAAAGAGCAUUGUAGCUGUCGGUGCUGCUCGUGGCGCUCCUCGCACCCCCAUCUUUGAGGGGUGUUCUCCCUCUCCCCUCGCUCCCUCCUACGCUGCUGCUGCUGCUGCUGUUGACUUCCUUGGUGCUGAUGCCCGCUGUUCUUAUGUCAUUCGCACAGGUGACCGCAAGGGACAGACGUGUGGGAGGUUCCACACCCCGUACCGCUGCUUCUCCCGCCUUGACGACGCUUGGCGUGAGGAGAUGGGUGCGGAUGUUGAGCGCCCCCGCUGGGCUGAGCUCAUGAGGGCUGGUGUUGAUGUCUUUGCUCUUGACUAUGAUGCUAUUAUUGCUGCCAUGUAUGCAUUGACUGUUAGUGCCGAGGGAGACUGUUACUUGUGUGUGCCGCCUGACCCAGGUAUAGAGCCUGCUGCCCUGGGUACUAGUGAGUCUGCUCUCUCUGGUAUGGUGCCCCCUGUACUUGCUCCCCCCAGUGCUGUCCCGGCUGGUUUCGAGUCUGCUCUCUCAGGUACAGCACCCACAGAGACUGCUCUCUCAGGUACCGCACCGGCUGAGGCCUGUCACACCUUCACCCUUGACUCAGUCCUUGCCCAGUCCACCACUGUCCUCCCUUGUCCGGCGGUUCCGUCUGGCUCGUUGUCGGGUUUCCACCUCCCCUCGUUCUCGACGAACCUGGUGAGCAACGCUGUCCUCCAGGAUCAGUGGGUUGACACCUUUACCCCUGGCGGACAGCGUGUGGCGAUCUGCACGUGCUCCAGGACCGGCCGUCACCUGGCUACGUUCACCCGUCGGCCGGGGUCGAGUCUCUACACACUGACCACUGCGUCUCCCCAGGUAGCUGCUGUCGGUCAGGUGUCUGCGUCAGGUCUGGUGGCCCACACCUGUGAGUGUCGUUCCCUGUCGCACCAGACUCUUCUCUGGCACCACCGCCUGGGUCACCCCUCCUUGCCACGCCUUCGUGGCAUGCACCGUCGCCUCCUUGUGUCCGGUCUUCCCAGGUCCCUCCCUCCCCUCCCUGCCUCGCCUGCGCCGCCUUGCCUUCCUUGCGUCGAGGGGCGGCAGCGCGCCGCUCCUCACUCCUCCUCGUUCCCCCCGACAGAGGCUCCUCUGGAGACCCUCCACCUGGACGUGUGGGGCCCAGCCCGCGUUCGUGGUCAGGGCGGUGAGCGGUACUUUUUGCUGGUUGUCGACGACUACUCGCGUUACACCACGGUCUUCCCCUUGCGCACCAAGGGUGAGGUCCCUGCUGUUCUGAUCCCUUGGAUCCGCACGGUUCGUCUCCAGCUCCGCCGCCGUUUCCGGACGGAUCUUCCUGUCCUGCGUCUGCACUCUGACAGAGGUGGUGAGUUUUCCUCCGACCUCUUGAGGACCUUCUGUCAGGCGGAGGGCAUCGAGCAGACCUUCACGCUUCCGGACUCCCCACAGCAGAAUGGGGUUGCUGAGCGUCGCAUUGGCCUGGUCAUGGAGGUCGCUCGUACCUCCUUGGUCCACGCGGCGGCUCCCCAUUUUCUGUGGCCGUUUGCUGUCCGGUACGCCGCGCAUCAGCUCAACCUCUGGCCCCGUGUCUCCUUGCCGGAGACCUCGCCCACACUGCGUUGGACGGGGGAGGUUGGCGAUGCGUCGCGCUUCCGGGUGUGGGGUGCUCGUGCCCUUGUCCGCGAUACGUCUGCGGACAAGCUCUCCUCCCGCACGCUUCCCUGUGUCUUCCUUGGCUUUGUCCCUGACGCGCCUGGCUGGCAGUUUUACCACCCCACCUCGCGCCGGGUCUUCGCCUCUCAGGAUGUCACCUUUGACGAGUCGGUGUCUCUCAGGUAG